GUCAUCAGGAAUCAGUGUGUGCUGAAAUCUAACACCACUGGGCAGGAUCGUCUCGCAGUCACAGGCGAUCAGCGGCUCCUUCUCUGCUUUCUGCCACUUCUGUCUCUCCCCGACUCUCUGCCCGACUGUCUCUCCCCGACUUUCGCAGGAGCGGAGUCAGCUGCGCGUGCCAUGUGUAGGGACUGAUGGGUGCCGGUGCCGCCAGCCUGCCAGCCAUGCAGAGGUGCCGAAGUGCCAGUCGCCACCUCCACCUCUCACUCGCCUUCUGAUUUCGACUGGAUCCUCGCUGCGCGGACAAAUGCAGACAAAUGCAUUUAGGAGCCCAAAGGACAAGGAGUGGAUACAUCUCUCCCACUGCAAAAACGAUAAAACUCCUCAUAUUAAUUGCAAUAUGUACAGCUGUUGGAAUUGCAGAGAAACAAGCACAAGGCAUACAGACCGUUCAACAGUUACAUCGUGGAGAGAGAGGGUCAAUAUCAUCAAGGCCAGUGACAGCCAGGCCGUGGACGCCCAUUACAGAAGGUCAAGGUCUUCAGUUGGCAGAGUCUGGGGUUGUUCUCACAGGAGAUACAGUCAUCGAAUAUGUUCUAGACAAUGAUAUUCUUUCAAAAUUCAGACUCCCGUUUUACUUAUUGAUCAGUCUUCGUUCAGACAAAUCAAACAAUGCUUUUCUUUUCAGUAUUAGAAAUAAAAGUAGGCUUUGUUUUGGUGUCCAAUUGCUGCCGAGAAAGGUAGUUGUACAUACGGGAGGAAAACAGUCUGUUACAUUUGACUAUUCAGUUCAAGAUGGACAGUGGCACAAUUUUACUAUCGGUGUUGGAGCUAAGUCCAUAUCCUUGUUUGCAGAAUGUGGAAAGAAGUACUUUAGCAAGGAGUCUGUAUUUGAUAUACAGACAUUUAGUCCAGGCAGCACGUUUACUUUAGGAAGGAUGGCACCUCAAUCUGUUCCGUUCGAGGGAGCAAUAUGCCAACUUGAGAUUAUGCCUUCGGCAGAAGCAUCUGCCAAUUAUUGUCUUUAUGUGCGGAAGCAAUGUCGUCACGCUGAUACGUAUCGAUCUCAGCCUGAAGACCUAGAGCAACCGUUGUCAUCUGCACAUGGGGGGAAUAAUGUAAAUACAAAGGAUGAAACAAAGUCGAAAUCAGACGCUGACAAACAACCGGAUCUGUUAAUAAAUGUUACCUCACUAUAUUGGCAGCAAAAUGACCCCCUUAAGAAUCUUUCAAUGGGCCAUGGUGAAUCAUCGUAUGAAGUUGCCUAUGGACAGUCAAGAAAUAACAAAACAUCUAAUAGUAAAAUCAAACAAACAAACCAUCGGAUACCAGUAGAGACCAUGACAAAGAAUAUGAACUUUUCUCUGAAUGCUACAACACCGUUAGAAACAUUGGCAUAUGAAAAUACAUGGAACAGCACCCAGCAGCAAAUAACAAAAGAACUACAGGAAGGAGCAAUGGAAUUUGUGAAGAUCUAUAACAGAACGUUGUAUCAGGAAGAGAGUGACACAUACAACGAAUACGAUCUUUGGGAGGAUCCUGAUAUUGAUGAAGGAGAUAACUAUGAGACUGGAAACAGCUAUGACAUCAACAUGGAGAACUAUGACUACGACUAUGAGGAGUUGAAUACGCUGUUUGACAUGGAUCAUGUAAAUGGAGAUAAAGGGGACCCAGGGCCUCCAGGUCCUCCAGGUCCUCCCGGUUUACCAGGUCCCCCAGGGAAAAGAGGUCCAAGGGGAAUGGUUGGACCUCAUGGCAAUCCUGGAUUACCUGGCCCACCUGGUCCAAAAGGUCCAAAAGGGGAUCCCGGAUUAUCACCUGGACAAGCUCCACCUGGCAUCAAGGGAGAUCAAGGGCCGAUGGGAUUGAUAGGAGAUCGUGGACCAGCUGGUCGGCAGGGCCCUAAAGGUUAUCCUGGACCACUAGGCCUACCGGGAGAGAAGGGACUUCCUGGCACAGAUGGCAAUGCAGGGGCUCCGGGUUACCCUGGCAGGCAGGGCUUAGCUGGACCAGAAGGAAUCCCGGGCCCUAAAGGGGUUAGAGGCUUUAUAGGAAUAGCUGGGUUGCCAGGACCUCCCGGACCUGAAGGAGAACGAGGAAUGCCAGGACCACCUGGGAAAAAAGGAUUGAAAGGCGCCCAGGGUUUUCUUGGAGACUUGGGUGAUAGAGGGCCUCACGGACCAGAUGGGAGCCCAGGAACUGUUGGUGGUGUUGGACCUCCUGGGUUUACUGGUUUGAGAGGAGAGGUUGGACCAGCAGGCCCAUCUGGACCACCAGGGAUUCCUGGUCCUCAGGGCCUUCCAGGAAUUAUGGGACAGCUUGGACUGAAAGGUGAUAAGGGUGAAGUGGGAUUCUCAGGUGAACCAGGAGAGUCUGGCUAUCCAGGAGAUAAGGGAGUGAUAGGUUUGCUAGGGCCACCAGGACCGAAAGGAAAACAAGGACCUCCGGGAAAAAUUGGCGAUCGAGGACCACAGGGGUUGCCAGGCCCUCCUGGACCUGAGGGAUUUCCGGGAGAUAUUGGCUUGCCUGGGUUAAAUGGACCUGAAGGACCAAAGGGGCUCAUUGGAGACAGAGGGCCUCCAGGUCCGCCAGGUCCAAAAGGCGUGGAGGGUGAAGAAGGACCACUUGGACCUCCAGGUGGCCUUGGACCAAUGGGAAGACCAGGACGUAAAGGCUAUGCUGGAGAACAAGGGCUGGAAGGCUUAAAGGGUGAAGUUGGAGAUAUAGGAAACAUCGGGAAAGGUGGUGAAGCAGGUCCGGAAGGUUUGCCGGGAGAAGUCGGGCCAUCUGGGGAACCUGGAGAAAAGGGGGAACGUGGGAAUCCUGGACCUGAAGGACCUUCUGGUGAAAAGGGAUCGAUUGGCUAUUUUGGACCUCCGGGAAUACCUGGACCAAUUGGUCCACCAGGAUUACCAGGUCCUGCUGGACAAAGAGGAUCACCUGGAAUACAAGGCCCAAUAGGUCAAAUCGGUCCACGGGGUCCUGAUGGUCCAUCAGGAGAAGUGGGCCAGCAAGGGGUGAAGGGUGAAAGCGGUGAUCCUGGCAAAAGAGGACUGCCUGGCCGUAUAGGGAAAGUUGGUAAUCAUGGAGAGAGAGGCGAACAAGGAAAACCUGGCUCAACUGGUCUACCUGGAGGCAGCGGUGAUACAGGACCUCCUGGAGAAGCAGGACAAAGGGGGCCACAAGGAGAUGUCGGUCCACUUGGAGAAACAGGCCCUGAGGGACCAUCUGGGACUGAGGGGGAGACUGGAGCUCAAGGAGAUCCUGGAAUUAAGGGAGACGAUGGGCCUAUGGGAAAUGUUGGGGCACCAGGAGAGACAGGCGUACGGGGAGAACCAGGUCCACCAGGGGAAGAAGGUGUCCAGGGAAAAGAUGGCCCAAAGGGAGAACCAGGAGAUGCUGGCCUUCAAGGAGAGACUGGUGAAAAGGCAGAGGCCGGGAUAGCAGGAAUCCAGGGAUCUGUCGGAGGGCCUGGCAUAAUGGGAUUACCUGGUCAAGAGGGCAAACAAGGAAACCCAGGGAUAAGAGGUCGUCCAGGCAGAAAGGGAGAAAAAGGACAAAUGGGGCCAGUUGGAGAAAUUGGAAGCAUCGGUGAUCAGGGAGAGCAGGGCAAAUGGGGCCCCAAAGGGUCGCGGGGAACUCGAGGACCAGUGGGCCACCUAGGAGCCAUGGGGCCUGAAGGAGAGCCUGGGAUCCCAGGAUAUGGGGGUCAUCAAGGCCAACCCGGACCAUCUGGACCAGCAGGGUCUAAAGGAGAGAAGGGUUAUCCUGGUGAAGACAGUACUGUAAUUGGACCACAGGGACCCCCAGGUGAACCAGGCCCUGCCGGAGAGCACGGUGAUCGGGGAGAGUCUGGAGAUGAAGGCUAUAAGGGUAUUGUUGGUGUUGUUGGACCAAGAGGAGCAAUCGGUCAGCAAGGGGCACCAGGCGAACCAGGUGUGUCUGGUGAACAGGGGCAAAAAGGAGAGCGAGGACCAACAGGCUCUAAGGGGAAGAAAGGAUUGAGAGGACCACCUGGCAAGCCAGGAAUUCCCGGUAAAACGGGUCCACUGGGACUGAGAGGUGCAAAUGGUUUCCCUGGCUCUGACUCUGUGAUUGGAUUUCCUGGAAAGCCUGGUUUACCUGGAAGACCUGGACUACAUGGUGAAAAGGGCAAUCCAGGGCUUUCUGGACUGGCUGGAUUACCUGGUGGACAGGGGGGGAAAGGCAUUCCUGGCAUCCCAGGCAACACGGGAGCACCAGGACCUAAGGGUGAAUAUGGACUGCGUGGUCAUCCAGGAAAGCCAGGCUCAAGAGGUCUCCUUGGAAGUCAAGGGGAUCAAGGGCAGAAGGGCGAGCCGGGCUUGAAGGGUCUUCUUGGAGAAGAUGGUGACCCAGGCCUAAUGGGUUUUCAAGGUUUCCCAGGACCAACGGGUCCAGAUGGUGACAUCGGUCUAGUUGGCAUUGUUGGCCCCAAAGGUCCAGCAGGGCAAGCUGGGAACAGUGGUCCACAUGGACCUGGUGGAAUAAUUGGACCUACAGGUGCUCUGGGAAGUCGUGGCGAAAAGGGCUCCAGGGGGGAAAUGGGACCUCAAGGACCAAGAGGGCAGCCCGGUCCUCCUGGUCCACCGGGUGCUCCAGGGCAAACCAGAAUGGUGGAUAUGAAUUCUGCUAUUCAGGCCCUGAUGGAGUCACAUGCAGCACUGCGGAUGGAGAGCUAUCAGAAUACUGAAGUAUCCAUACUGGAUUUCAGCACAGAGAUCUUUAAAACGCUCCACUACCUGACAGAUUUGAUGCGCAGUAUAAAGAACCCGCCCGGGACCCGGGACAAUCCAGCGAGAAUUUGUCGCGAUUUGCUCGACUGUGAACGCAAAGUGGCAGAUGGAAAGUACUGGAUUGAUCCGAAUCUUGGAUGUCCAUCAGAUGCUAUAGAGGUCUUCUGUAACUUUACAGCUGGAGGACAGACGUGUUUAUCACCAGUUACUGUGACAAAGCUGGAGUUUAAUGUGGGCAAAGUGCAGAUGAAUUUUCUCCAUUUGCUGAGCUCCGCGGCUGUCCACACCAUCACCAUCCACUGCCUGAACACAUCGGUCUUAGGAGGAGACAAACCGCUUACCUUCAAAGGAUGGAAUGGCCAAAAAUUUGAAGGAAACAAAUUACUUGAAAGAAAUGGGAUUCUAGAUGAAUGCAAGAUACAAGAUGGCAGCUGGCACAAGACACAGUUCACUUUUCACACGCAUGAAACAAAUCAACUUCCGGUCAUUGAAAUGUCUCGAUUGUCUCCUCCCCAGAAAGGACAGCAUUACAUAGAAAACGGUCCCGUCUGCUUCCUCUGAAAGCAGUACAGAUGCCUUGGGGGCACCUGCUUAGUGCAAGUCUCUUUUCUAUAAAGAGCAUUAACAUUUAAGAAGGUAGCAGUUUUGGCAACUGCGUCACAAAUCAAUGUGCGAUCUUCUAAAGAAGCCGGAAGAGACUUCCUCCUAAGAAGGACGUAUGGCAUUUUAAAAAGAACUUCAAUAUUGAUAGAGUAUUUAAUUUUUUUUUAAAUAAUCAUUGAUGUUUUUGUAUAAAUGAAACUUUGAGUUUGAAUACGAACAAGUGAAAAGCACUGUACAAGUCACCUUCGAGCAAGCAGUUAGCUUGCCCUGGAGCAGUACUGGUUACGGCUCCAAGAAGUGCAAUAACAUGGUUGAAAGCAAAUUUUCUUGUUUAUUGUCUCCUUUUUGGUAAGAAGGAGUCAGCGUGCCCAGCGACAGCAAAGGGAUGAAACACUGAGGCCUCGUACACACGACCGAGUUUCUCGGCAAAAACCAGCAAGAAACUUGCUGGGAGAUAUUUUUUUGC